AAUGCAUAAUAGUUAUGUGUAAAUGUCGUCAAAAUGUGUUAAUUGUGCUGUUUUUUACAAAACAACAAAACAUGUAACAUAAUUUCAACAUAUUUUGCAUUUAUUUCGAUAACUGAAGCAUGUUUUCUAAAGUUCAUUCUUCAUUCAAAUGAAAUGCAUAAUAGUUGUGUGUAAAUGUUAUCAUUUUUUCAGUUUUAUACCAUAAAUGUUAUUUUAGUCAAAUUUUAAAUUCAUGGUAGAUUAUACGGUUUAGUCAAAAUUCAUUAAUUUUAUUUAUUAUUGGUAAAUAAUUAAAGUGAUUGUGUUGAGAGUUAAAUGUUUACUUGACAAAUUCAUAUAAAUAGAGCUUUUGUAAGGAUCUAUAUAAAUACAACAAUACUACUUUCCUCGAAAUCAAUACAUAUUCAAAAUAUAAUGGAUACUACAAAAGCAUCAGUAACUAUUUUCUUUGUAUUAGUACUGAUGAUUUCAUUCUCUAGCUACUGUAUUUUGGCCAAGCCAGAAAUCAAGAAAGCUAAUUAUCAAUGUAUUAAGCCGUGUUCGAGAUCUUAUGGAAAUAGGAUAUGUUACAACUACUGCACAGAUCACCACUUUGCUGGAGGACAAUGUGAUGUUACCAGAGGCGGGAAACUAUCACAAUGUUGUUGCUACAACUAUAAUAUAAAAGAUAAUACUUUUUGAAUAACAAUGAUUUAAGCAUUAUGUUUGUUUCUUUUAACAAACAACAGGUGAAAAUACCACGAUGUUAUUAUUAUAAUAAAAUAAAGUUCUGCAAAAAAAUAUAAUAAAUUAAUAUAUCUUUAAUGUUUUUCCGCAUGGAGUAAUAUAAUUUUUUGUUUCAAUGUCUUUUUCCCCUAAAUCACCAGUAAUUUUUGGCCUUGACCCAAUUAAUUUCAACAGUAAAGAGAUCUCAGAUAAAUCGAUUUGUGUAUGUGAAAAAUGCAUACCAACUGCCAUUGAUGAAGAGGAAAUAUUCUUCAAGUUGUUGAAAUUAGUAGGUGGGAGUUUUGGGUCCAAGCCACAUUUGUAUCAGUUUAGAAAUAAUGAAAUAUUAAUGUAUAAAUAUUCUGAUAACUGAGGAUGUGAUCUUAAUUAUUCUAUCAAUUAAUCCAAGGAGAACAAUUGGUGGACGAUAACUGUUUCGAUCCCUGUUCGGAAACGCGCUAAGCGUUAGUCGGACGAUUGGAUUGGGCCUAGCACAUAGAGAGAAAAUCGGAGACUAAUCGAAAAUUAUACGGGGCGAAAUUUUUAGAUUGUUUAAUAUGUUAUAAAACAUAUUAAUUUUUAAUUGUGUAUAACAUUAAUACAUUUUUAUGUUUAAGACUGUAUAAACGCACAAAUAGAAUAUGUAAACUUAAUAUAGUGUAGUUUCAUCAGAAUUAUGAAUAUAAAUUAUAUUUAUCAAAAUUUAAAUCAAAUAAAUAGAUAAAUAAUAUUAUUAAAAAGAUAAAAUAUUAUUAAAAAAUAAAAUAAUGAUAAAAAAAUAGAUUAGGCGGCCGCCUAGACGGUUAGGCAGUCUAGACGGAUAAAAAUUGAAUAUCCGAUUUUUAGAUCGAUUUGGUAUAAAUCGAGACGGAUGAGUUACGCCUAGCGAUUAGGCGGUUAGGCAUCCAAUUUUUAGAGCAGGGGUUUCUAUGGAGGUAGAAGUUUUUUUUUUUUUUGCCAUCUGAUAGUAUUAAUAUUAAACAAAGAGGAGUUACAAAGCCUAGAACAGGCUCAAAAAACAUAAACCACCACCCAGGAACACGUAAACACCAUGUGCACUAAGGAGAGAGUGAAGGGACACGCAUCGAACGCAUAACUUCUUCUCCAUGCCUCCACCGCCAAAGCUUACGCCGAAACUUCCACCAUCUUCACCGAUUAAGACUUCAUCAGAACUAAACAACACCCACCAGAAACCUGUCGGGAACAGGAUCAAACGAACCACCCAUCUUCAAGACAUACACCUUUGUCACCUGUGUUUCAAACCUCGGAGAGCAUCAAUCGACAAUCGAAUCUCACCCGAAGCCCUAAGCAAACAAACACAGCAAGAAGAGUCUUUACACCACCAAUUUCACAGAAACCCAGAACGAACCACUAAUCUGUAAGAAAACCGAGAUCCCCAAAACCACCCACUUUUGUUUUUAGAGGAGAAAGACGGUAGAACUUUUGGCGAAGCCGGCGACGCAGAGCAUAGAAUACCUCCACCCCUCGGAUACAUAAGCUGGCGAUGGAGGAGCUUUAGGAGUCUCUCCAUCCCAGAGUCAGAAUUCCGAUUAAAAAAAUUGGAGUCAAAAAGAA